UACUCCACCCACAAGAGCCAAUCCAGAGCACUUGAAGGCAACCAGCCGGCUGCUGCACUUCCUUAGGGAAAAGUCAGGAGCUCAGGCUUGACCAUCUCAUUGAGUCCUGUCCAAGAACGCAGGGGACCGGAUAAAGAUAAGUGGGACCCAGGCUCGGCUGCCAGGUACCUGCUAUUCCCACUCCAGCAGACCCAGCUUGGCCGGGUUGCAGCAUGACUCUGUGGAAUGGUGAGCUGCCUUUCUACCCUCAGCCCCGGCAUGCCCCUGGCAUCAGCGUCCCACUGCUCAUCGUCAUUCUGGUGUUCUUGGCCUUGGCUGCCAGCUUCCUGCUCAUCUUGCCUGGGAUUCGUGGCCACUCGCGCUGGUUCUGGCUGGUGAGAGUUCUUCUCAGUCUCUUCAUAGGCGCAGAAAUUGUGGCCGUGCACUUCAGCGCACAGUGGUCAGUGGGUGGGGUGAACACCAACACAUCCUACAAGGCCUUCAGCGCAGCACGAGUCAGAGCCCACGUUGGUCUGCACGUCGGCCUGGAGGGAAUUAAUAUUACACUCACAGGGACCCCAGUGCAGCAGCUGAACGAGACCAUAGACUACAACGAGAGCUUCAACUGGCGUCUGGGCGAGAACUAUGCCGAGGAGUACUCGGAGGCGCUUGAGAAGGGGCUGCCAGAUCCAGUUCUCUACUUGGCCGAGAAGUUCACCCCGAGCAGCCCCUGCGGGCUCUACCGCCAGUACCGCCUGGCGGGGCACUAUGCCUCGGCCACGCUGUGGGUGGCUUUCUGCUUCUGGCUCCUCUCCAACGGGCUGCUCUCCAUGCCGGUUCCGCUCUACGGAGGCCUGGCGCUCCUGACCACCGGUGCCUUCACGCUCUUCUCUAUCUUCGCCUUCGCCUCCAUCUCCAGCGUGCAGCUCUGCCCGCUUCGUCUCGGCUCCGCCACUCUCACCACUCACUAUGGCGCCGCUUUUUGGGUCACCCUGGCCACCGGCAUCCUGUGCCUCCUGCUGGGAGUGGCGGUGGUGAGUCUCCACUACUCUUGGCCCAGCGCGCUUCGCACCUUCUUGGACCAAAGCGGCAAGGACUAUGGUAGCCAGGCGAAAGGGAGCUCGCCUCUCAUCCUGAACAACCCACUGCAUAAGCAGUUUGGAGCCCUGGACUUAACGACCAAUACUAACCUCUGAGGGGGACUCAACCCUCAGACUGCUACCCCACCUCGGUCCCCUGCAAGCCAGGUAGCAAUGCCGGCUGGGGCUGGGCUGGGAUAGUCCAAAGAAAGUCACUGCGCGGG